UCAGUGUUCUACAAUCUCAAGCAGUGUUAGGACUUAUGUUUAAAACAAGCAGUCAAUUACUAGAGAAAAAUGAAGUGUUGCCUUGUUCAAAUAUAAAAUAUAAAAAGAAAUCCCGCAAAUUAAUUGAAAAAAGGAGAUAAAAUGAAAAAGAUGGUGGUUUUCCUUCUUGUUUUUCUCAGCCUUUCAACAUUUUCAGCGGCCAGAAGGUCUCAAGGAAAUAGAAUUAACUCAACGUGCAAAAUUGACACAUCCGAAUCCCUCUUCAAGUCGGAAACAGUUCUUCUUGCCAAACUUUUAAAAGUUAAAAUGAAUAAUACACAUACAUUGGUUACUGUUAGAGUGAGGAGAGUUAUUAAAACAUACCCGGAGAACAAGAAACCUAAAACGGAGCACGGGCUUAUCAAAAAGAAUGAUAAGAUUGUGAUUAGCUAUGAUGGACGACUGUGUGAUAAAGUUAGAACUAGAUCAAAAUACAUCUUUACCGUCAAUUCUUAUCAAAUGCAAGAUGUUAAAAUGGCGCAAGGUUUAGAUUCUCCGGAGAAGUAUUCUAAGAAAAUGAGGACUCUUAUUCACAAAAUGUUCUGCAAAUCCUGUUCAAAUAUCCCCCGUCUGAAACCUGUGAAAGCUCAGAAUACAGUUUCUAUCAAAAGAUGGAGAAGGAUAAACUGCAAGUUAUCUUCUGGGUUCUAUCCAAGGGUUCAGUUCUCCUGGUUCCAAAGGGGUACGGAGCUAAACCAAUCCGACAGUAUUAGGAUAAAGACAGGGGAUAAAGGGUCAGUAAUCAACAUCCUUGGAACCCCAGAUACAGCAGGGAUUUAUCGAUGCGUUGCCAAAAAUCUAGCAGGUAGCGCCAGUUUAUCCAGCACUCUAAACGUAAAGGGUCGAGGUUCAGAUAUAUGUAACUCCGAGUACUGUAUGAAUGGGGCAGGAUGCAGUAUAGCUCUUAUAUCUCCAGGUGAGCAGGAAGCUGUUUGCUCAUGCGCAGACGGAUUCUCAGGAGCAAGAUGCCAGUACAAGCACGCAACAGUAUCUGUUAUCGCAACUGGUGUAGGCACAACUGCUGUAGGAGCUGAAGGAGCUGUAGGGAUUGUAGAUGGAGCUACUCUCUUCAUAGUUUUUGUCACUUUUCUUGCGGUUGCAUUCCUCAUCUGCUUUAAAGUAUUCCUCAUCUGCAGACAUAAUCAAGAGAAAAGUAGCAUCAAAAUAUCCAGACCCUUCAAUCCGAGGAGAGGACAGUUGAGUCCAGUUCAAUCUAGUGUAUUGGAGAAUCUUAAACUGGUUGGAACAGUACAAGAUUAUACUGAAGGAGCAGACCAGACCAUCAUACAUCCUUUGCGAUCCUUGAGUUCAGAAUCAAAAUCUGAUAGUAAUAUUCCAAUAAUGACAUCCUUUACGUCCUCUACGGCCUCUGUUUGUUCCUUGAAGCAUAGACGACAUAAAGCACCAAAUAUCCCCAGCCUCAUUCUUCCAGUACAAUCCAAAAUAUCAACCCUUUCCCUGGACCAUGACGCUCAGGAAGAUCUUCUGAACCCUGGUAUCCCAGGUACUCUAGGUAUACUCCUGAACCCUGGUGCUCUAGGUGAUCUCCCGAACCUGAAUCUGCUCCUGAACCCGGAGAAUAUGUUGUUUCCUGGAAACUCUCCUGAAUAUGCUGAACCCUGGGACUCCAAGAAAUGUGUACAUAAUAAGAUUGAAUCUUGUCACCAGUGCCAGAAAGAAGCAGACGAAAUUUUUAAAAACUGCUCAGAAUGCUAGAACUAACCUAUUCUAAUUGUUAGCUGAACACAGAAAUUAAUAUUCUACGAAAUCUGUUAAAUGUCAAAAACCAGAAAGCUGACUAAUGGGAAAUCAGAGAGAAAAGCAACUCAAAUCAAAGCCAAUGUUAGAUUGAAAUUUAGAAGUUUUCAUUCAUAUCAAGCUCAUUUUCUAAAGAAAUUUUUAGAAGAAUAAAAGCAUUUUAAAUUUCUAAAAUGUAAUCAAAUAAUCCUAAUUUUCUUAUACUUGCACAGAAAUUAUUUAAUCUUUAAGAAUGUUAAAUUUAAACUAAAAUCGUUUUAUAAUUAUAUUCUUUCAUUUAAAAGUGUUAUACACUGUUAAAAAUAUAUGAAUAUAAACAAUUGCAUUGAUAAUUAUAUUGAGUUGGUUUCAAAUAUUUUGAAAAAAAUCACAAAAAUUAAUAAAAUAAAAUGCUGCAAUCAGCAUAUAAGGAGAAAAACAAAAUACUGUAAUAACAUUUGUAUAAUAUGCAACGUGUUUUUGGGUCCACACCCAAAAUAUAAAGGAAGCACAUUUUUUUCAAACUAAAAAACUAAAGAUAAUAUAAUAGGCCAACUUUAAUUAAAGGUAUAACUUUAAACAUCGUAAAGUUCAUGUUUAUAAUUUACAAUCGCAAAGGAACUACUUAGUAAUUUCUCACCUCAAAUCCUUACAUCUUUGCAACCUGAUAUCUAUUUUUAGACCUUUAAUAUUUCAAACUGUAUAUCAAAUAGUCAAAGUUUAAAGGGAGUAACCGACAAUGCUUCUACAGUGCAAAUUUGUUCAGUAAGAGCGCAAAUUCAAUAUUUAAAAUCCUAAUAGAUUGUUCAUUUUAGAGGUAUGAUUAUGAUAAUCGCUUUUUUAAUGUUUUAAUGACGACCACGAAAAAUGUAACAACAAUUCGACAGUUAACUAACAAUUUGUUUAGGAACAGAUUGAGAAAAUGAAAAUUAACUCUUAUCAUCGAAAUUAACUAAUCUUUUUCAGUUAUUAGUUUUUGUAAUAUCUCAUUCUUUAAAUCAUGUUAUGUAUAAUUUCCUGCAAUUUUUAUUGGAAAGACGACAUUUGAAGAUUUUGAAGAAAUCUGCGAAUAAAUUCAAUAUAAUAUUGAAAAGAAAAAAAAUGAUUCUAACAAUGAUUUUUUGACCAAUUUCUAUUGAAAAUAUGUUCCCAAAUAUCCAAAUAAUAGUCUACUUUAGAAUUUUGGUUACAUUUUUCGUCCUUGUGAUUGAAUAGUUUUUAAAAACCCGAUUUUCAAAGUCGUCUCUUUAGAAUGCACAAUGAAGGAGGAUUUAAAAAAUUGAAUUUGCAUUCUUGCUGAAAAAAUAUGCACCGUAAAAACGUCUGAAAGUUCUCAAAUGA